AUGGAAGCUGACCUUUCCUGUGCUGUUUGCCAUGAUCUGUAUAAGGAUCCUGUCUUACUCGACUGUGAUCACAGCUUCUGCCGAUCCUGUAUAACCCAAUGCUGGGAGAAAGCUGACACUGCCUGCUGUCCUGUCUGUAGAACGGAGACUUCCUCCAGGACCCUGAGACCGCACCGCACUCUCUCCAACAUCGUGGAGACAUUUGUGAAAAGCGGCGGAGGCGGUGAAAUUCAGCAGGAAUGCAGCCGACACAAGGAGAAGCUUAAAUUAUUUUGCAAAUCUGACAAUCGCCUGAUCUGCCUCGUUUGUCAGACAUCAAAAAGUCAUCAGAACCACGAGGUGCUGCCUAUGGAAGAAGCUGCCGAAGAGUCGAAGGAGGAACUGCGAACCUUCCUGAAGCCAGUCCAGGACAAGAAGAAUGAAUGUGAAGCUGUAAAAAGUGAUUACGAGCAAACACUUUCUCACAUUCAGGACCAAGGUGUAAAGACAGAGAAACAGAUUAAGGCUGAAAUUGAAAAACUUUACCAGUUUCUCCGUGAGGAAGAGAGGAUUGUGUUGAAAGAUCUGAAACUGGAGAAAGAGAAAAAGAGUCAAGAGAUGAAGGAGAGGAUUGAGAAGAUAACGAAAGAAAUCUCGUCACUUUCAGCCACUGUUCAAGAUAUUGAACAACAACUAAGGGAACAGGACAGCAUCACAUUUUUAACAAAAUUCACCGAUACACAGGAAAGAGUGAAGGAAACUCUCCCAGAGCCACAGAAGGUUUACCCUUUAAUAAACGUGGGCAGGUACAUUGGUUCCCUGCAGUACAGAGUGUGGAAAAAGAUGCUGACAGUGAUUAAUACAGCUUCAGUGACCUUGGACCCGAAUACUGCCAAUCUUUACCUUCUCCUGUCUGGGGACCUGAGCACCGUGAAAAACACUGGGAAGUGGGAGCAGCUUCCGAACAAUCCAGAGAGAUUUGAUCGCUGUCCCUAUGUCCUGGGAUUGGAGGGAUUCACAUCAGGGAGACAUUCCUGGGAGGUGGAGGUUGGGAGCAAGCCUCAGUGGAAUGUUGGUGUGGCCAAAGAAUCCAUCAACAGGAAAGGGCAGAUCUACCUUAGUCCAAGUAAAGGAUACUGGGCAGUGGUACUAAGAGAUGGGAAUGAAUACUUGGCUUGUGAUGAGCCAUGGAAGCAUCUAAAGCUGAGUGUAAAUCCGAGGAAGAUCCGAGUCUGUCUGGACUAUGAGGGAGGGAAGGUGUCCUUUUAUAACUCAGAGAACAAUUCCCAUAUCUACACUUUCACUGGAACAUUCACUGAGAAACUCUAUCCCUUCUUCAGUCCAGGUUUUAAUAUCGAGUCUAAAAAUCCAGAACCACUCAAAACCUGUUCCCAGUCAUAUAAUCUGUAUAAAGAUACUGUCCUAAUCGAUCGUGAUCAUAGCUUCUGCCGAUCCUGUAUAAUUCAGUACUGGGAGAAAGUGUUCACUGUCCCCUACCCUGUCUGCAGAAAGGAGACUUCCUUCAGGAUCCUGAGACCAUUCUGUAUCCUGGCCGACAUCAUGGAGACAUUUGUAAAAGGUGAGAAAGAUGGAGCAAUUCAGCAAGAAUGCAGCCAACACAAGAAGCAGCUAAAAUUAUUUUGUCAAACUGACAAUCAGUUCAUCUGCGUUAGUUGUCUGAUUUCAAAAGAUCAUCAAAACCACGAACUGCUGCCAGUGGAAGAAGCUGCUGAAGAGUUUAAGGAGGAACUGCGAAGUUUACUGAAGCCAGUCCAGGACAAGAAGAAAGAAUGUGAUGCUGUAAAAAAUGACUAUAAAAGAACAUUAAACCACAUUCAGGACCAAGGUGUAAAGACAGAGCAACAGAUUAAAGCCGAAUUUGAAAAACUUUACCUGUUUCUCCGUGAGGAAGAGAGGAUUGCGUUGAAAGAUCUGAAGCUGGAGAAAGAGGAAAAGAUUCAGGAGAUGAAGGAGAGGAUUGAGAAGAUAACAGCGGAAAUCUCAUCACUUUCAGCCACUGUUCAAAAUAUUGAACAAGAGCUGAGGGAACAGGACAGUAUCAAGUUCUUAAUGAAAAUUCUGGAAUCAAAGGAAAGAGUGAAGCAAGCUCUCCCAGAACCACAGAAGGCUUAUCCUUUAAUAAAUGUUGGCAAGUACAUUGGCUCCCUGCAGUACAGAGUGUGGAAAAAGAUGCUGACAGUGAUUAAUACAGCUCCAAUCACCUUGGACCCUAAUACAGCCCAUCCUGACCUUCUCCUGUCUGAGGACCUAAGCACCGUGAGUUGUAAUGGGAAACAGCAGCAGCUUCCCAGAAAUCCAGAGCGAUUUGUUCGUUGUGUCCAUGUCCUGGCGUCGGAGGGAUUCACAUCAGGCAAACAUUCCUGGGAGGUGGAGGUGGGGAACCAGACCGAGUGGACAGUCGGUGUAGUCAAUGGGUCCAUCAACAGGAACGAGAUGUUCAGCUUAAUUCCAGGAAAUGGAUGCUGGUCGGUUAAGCUGAAAGAUGGGAAUAGGAACAGGGCUGGUGACACAUCAUCAAAAUGCUCAAAGCCUGGUGUUAAUGUGAAAAAGAUUCGAGUCUGUCUGGAUUAUGAGAGAGGAAAGGUCUCCUUUUAUAACUCAGAGAACAAGAACCACAUUUAUACUUUCACUGGCACAUUCACUGAGAAAGUCUAUCCCUUCUUCAGUUCUUCACUCGCUGAUGGGGGUAAAAACGCAGACCCCUUGAAGAUUUGCCCCCGGACAGUCGCAAUCCAGGAAGAUGAGGGUUUUGUCCCUAUUUUGAAACAAAACAGUUGCAAAGAAGUCCUAGAAAUAGCAAAACACCACUGAUGAAUACCCAGAAAGUCUAGGAAAUUUUUUUGUAACUUCCAUAGAGGAAUUGGAUAAGUGCUUGAAGGUGAACUAUUCCCAGGGCAAUAAGAGAAAGGAAGUAGGGCCAAUUGGAUAGAUCUUUCAAAGCGAUUUGAUGGGCCAAAUGGCCUCCUACACAACAUGAUUCCAUGAAUGUCAAUGAAUAAUAUCAAUUCUGUUUUAUCCAUCACGUGAUAAUUUAACCUCAUUUUAUCUUAGAACAAACAAUCAGUUCUUGGAUUCAGUGUUGAUGGGGUACAAUUGCCAUUAAUUGAUGCAGGGAUGCACAGGAAUAGGAGUCGGCCAUUCGGCCCCUUGAGCCUGCUCUACUAUUCAAUAUGGUCAUGGCUGAUAUGUGGCCUAACUCCAUGUGCUUGCCUUGGGCUCAUAAACCUUGAUACCCAUUGUCUAUCUCAGAUUUAAACUGAACAAUUGGUCAUAUUGAUUCGUCUUUGACCUCAACCAUUCUUUGUGUGUAAAAGUGCUUUUUAACAUCUCUCCUGAAUGGUCUGGUCCUAAUUCUGAGACUAUGUCCCCUAAUUCCAGAAUCAUCGACCAGUGGAAAUAAUCUAUCUUAUCUACCCUGUCUCUCCCUGUUAAUAUCCUGAACAGCUCGAUUAGAUUACUCCUAAAUGUCUAAAUUCUAGAAAAUAAAGGCAUGAUCUGCAUAAUCUCUUCUAAUAACUUAACCCCUGAAAACCGGGCGUCAUCCAUGUAAACUUGUGUUGAACUCUUUUCAGAGUUAAAACAUCCUUCCUACUGUAUGGUGCUCCAGAUCUGCUCACAGUACUCCAAGUGCGGUCUAACCAGGGUUUUGCCUAACUGCAGCUUAAUGUCAGCACCCCUAUACUCGAGCCCUUUAGAGAUGAAGGCCAGCAUUCUAUUAGCUUUCUUGAUUAUUUUCGGCAUCUGUUCAUUACAUUUUAAAAAGCUAUGUUGGACAUCUAUUGUAUUUAAAUUUGAGCCUUAUAAAAUACACCCUGAUCUAUUCUUUCUUUUCAGUCUGGCAUGGAUUACCUCACACUUGCUUCUAUUAGGAUCCAUCUACCACAGCUUUGCCCAAUCAUUGAAUCUAUCAAUAUCCUGUCAUCAACACUGACUACAAUACCACCUAAUUUGUCAGCAUAUUUGGAUAUUUGACUUUUUUAUUCCAUUAUCUAAGUUGUUAAUGAAUAAUGUAAAUAAUUGAGCCCCCUCCACAGAUCCCUGUGGGACAUCACAUCUUGCCAGUUUGUGUUCUUACCCAAUAUUCCAACUCUCUGUUUCCUGCCACACAACCAAUUUCCUCUCCAUGUCAGUAACGUACCCUCAAUUCCAUGGGCUUCCAUCUUAGCUAACAGCCUGUCAUGUGGGACUUUAUAAAAGGCCUUCAGGGAGUCCAUAUCAAUGACAUCCAUUGACUGACCUUCGUCUGCCACCUUUGCCAGCUGCAUGAGAAUGAAGAAAGAGUGUCUGUCAGUGACAGACAAACCAGAGUCUGAAAAGAUUUGCAAUUAAGCUCGGGGUGGUAAGGGGAAAAUGUGACACAUUGCUACUUUACUGUCAUACUCCAA